AUGUACGUAGUCACCAAAAACCAUUCAUUCUAUUCCCCCAUUUCCCCUGAUAUUCCUCCCCUCGAAGUCAUCUUGGGAUGUGGUGAUCCCGCGGAUCUCCUUCCCCCUCGGAAAGACCAAGGGGAUGUCUAUGAUUCCGCCUCCGUUACCGUUACCGAUAGCGAACCGGACGACGACCUCGAUUUUGAUACCAAAUUGGGCCAAAUCUAUCACGAUAAUAACGAUAACAAUCUUGUCAAUAGCAGCAAUAGCAUCGGCACAACGAACAUUCAACAGAUCAGUCAAUCAGUGCAUACCAUCGAUACAUAUACAAUCAAUAACGAGCAUAGCGGCACCUAUCACAAUACCACCAACAGCAAUAAUAUCAUCAACAACCAUCAUCAUCAACGCCAAUACGUAGAUCGACUCAUGGACGACAUCAUCAGGAAUAACAGUUUCAUCAUGAACAACGCAAACUUCAUCAACAAACGCGACAAAUCCCUCACGAGCAGUGAUAGUCAUGAAGAUGACUGUGCGACCGACGAAAGUGAAUUUGGUGGCAAUACUUCGAAUAAUUCCGAGCGACACUCUCAUUCGGACUACCCAUUGACUCCACCUACUUCUUCACCCACUCCGGAAGAUGAUGACCCCCCUCGUCGACAUCCUCCUCAAUCGAACAAGAACGUCGAUGCGAACCCCUUCUCUACCAAGUCCUUGGAUUUGAGACGACUCCCUCUCCCUCCUUCAGGGGGUGAAAGUACCUCUAUGGCAUCGAAACGAAAAGCCAAAGACAAGGGGGACCACAGAGGUAGUAAACUUAAGACCAAGAAGACGGGAGAAAAGGGAGCAAGAACGAAAGUGGCAUGUCAAGCUUGUAGGGAACGAAAAGCCAAGUGCUCCGGUGAUGAAGUUUGUUCACGAUGCCUUCAAUUCAAUCUUGUUUGCGAAUAUGAAGAAAUCAGAAGACGAUCUCCUUCACCUAAAUCAUCUAGUCGAGGCAAAAUCAGCCAUACCGAUUUCAUCCCUCACCAGAACGUUCCAGAAGUCAAGGACGAGACUCACGACCGAACGAGGUCCGAAAUCGGUCCUGAAGGCUACCUCACUCCUGAAAGUGGUGAUCGAUCCCUCGAAGAAGAAGAGGUGGAUGAUGUGGGAGAAGAGGCGGGGAGAAGGUUUGAUCGGGAGGGGAAAAAGAAAGCGAGGGAACAAUGA